UGAUGUCUAGUGGAAAUUCGCUUAAACGAACCAAAAUCCGUUUAAUCAAGAUUUUCCACUUAUUAUGGGAUAUUAUAUUAAGCACAUUUUUUUCAAUAACGUUGUUCUCGCUACAGUGCUCACGUGUUUGGGCUGUUCAGAAUUACAGGACAGGACAACACGGCUGACAUACACUGUUACGCAAGAAGAGUCAAGGGAAGAUGGAGAGAUCCCGCUUAUGAUAAAUCGCGACAAUGUGCAUGCUGAACAGGAUAUCACUAUUGACACUACCACUCUUGACCAGUUGAAUGAGUAUUUUACAUCGAAAACUUUGCAGCGAACAACACAUCAAUCGAAUCCAGUUCCAACAACAUUGGCAAGCCCUUUACAUAAGGAAUCGAAUGGAAUCGACACUUCUGAUGUAUCUAGUUGUUCAGACAAGGAAUUUAAAAGGCUAUCGAAAGAAAAUUGGUUUUUCGGUGUACUACCGCGUAAAGAAAUCGAGCCUUUGCUAACCCAAGACGGUGACUUCCUUGUGCGGGGCAGUACCAAUAACCCAACCGAUUCGAAAUACGUGCUGUCGGUGUUUUGGAAAGGACCUCCACCCCAACACAUAAAAAUAAUUAAAAAAGAGAAUGGCUGGUAUUUUCAAGGAGACGUGUUUAAAACUAUUAUUGAGCUCGUGAACUAUUAUUUGAAGAACAAGAAACCAAUCCAGGGUACAUCUGGAGUCAUCCUGUCAAACCCGAUUCAGAGAGACUCUUGGCAACUGAGAAACUCCCAUAUUACACUGAGAUCAAAUAUUGGCGAUAAUCAAUUCUAUGAAGUAUUCUUGGGUGUAUACAAGCGUUCAGUUGCUGUUAGGAAAUGCAAAGAUACAUCAUCAGCUGAACAGCGAAAGGUUUUUCUAGAAAAUGGACUGAAAUUAAAACAGUUUGACCACCCAAACGUCGUUAAGUUCUUGGGGAUUGUAGCCCAGCGAGAGCCUGUGAUGAUUAUAAUGGAAUACAUGUCUGGCGGAUCGUUGUUGAAAUACCUGAACGAAAACGGUCAGAAGCAGUCUCGGUUGCUGGCAGCAAUCAUGUGUCUGGAUGCUGCGAGCGGCAUGGCAUAUCUUUCAGAGAAGGGUUAUAUAUACAGGUGGGAAACCGAUCAUGUUGUGGAGCUAUCAGCGAAGAAGUGUCUGGUUUGGUACAAUGGGGUCGUGAAGAUCUCUCCUUUUGUUACGAAUGGAGAGGAUGGAGAAUACAAAAUGCCUUUUGAGCACAUGAAGUGGACUGCACCAGAGGCCGCCAAAAAUGGGACUUUCACCCCAAUGAGUGAUGUGUGGAGUUUUGGUGUAUUGAUGUGGGAAAUACUAUCCAAUGGUUCAGAGCCAUAUCUUGGAUAUACGGAUGCCCAAACACUGAAGAAAGUUGAAGAAGGUUACCGAAUGCCGGCACCCCAGAACACACCGGAUAGUAUCUACCAGCUAAUGCUUAAAUGUUGGGAAAAAACACCUUCCAGCAGAAUAACCUUCCAAGAAAUGCAAAACAGGCUAGUAACAUUAAUAAACAACCCUCCUAGUCGGGAAAAAUGGAGUUAAAUGUGUGGAGAAGCUCAUAAAUUGAAAACACCAAACAAACGUUUAAAUACAACUUAAAUAUAAACAUACCAAAUUUUGAACUUGAACCAUACGUAUAUAAUACUAGAAAGUAAAAAUUGAACCUGUCUUGGUGACAAUUAUCUUUAAAUAGAUUAAGAAUAUAAAGUGGUAAAUUAUUUAAACCCCAGCAUACACAUAUU